ACCAUUACAGUGAAAAUUAGUUUAAUGUCGUUCUCAGGUUUUAAAUAAAUAGACCCUCGAUAUAUCAUUGUUAAACUUCCCCAAAAUUCCCUCCUCUACACUUCUGUGAUUCUUUCCUUUUCUGCUAUCUCAUUGACUUGAGCAGUUGAGCUUUACAAAACUGGCAAAAACUUUACCUAUGCCCAUUUAAUCAUCCUAGUCAUUUUUCUAUCUUCUCCAUUUAUCUCAUCAAAAUAUUUGUAUGCUGCAACUUCUGUAGAACCGUAACAUAGCUAGAAGAAGCUGAGCAUGAGCCAACUAUUGUGCUUUCUUUUAAUUUUCUCAGUUACCAAGCGUCUUAAGGUGGUUGAUUAUUUGAAGGGCAUUUUGAGUUAAAAGCAAAAUGACACAUAUUUGUGAAACUUGUAAGGCUUUAGAGGAGGACAAAUAUUGGAAUGAGAUUCCACCUAGGAAGCACCGGUUUUUCAAGUUGACGAUUGGUAAUUUUGAGCAACAGCUGCGAAUUCCUAGGAAAUUUGUUGAAUGCUCUAAGGCAGACCUUUCAAGCUCUUGCACUCUAAGAGGUCAAAGUGGGAAUAUAUGGAAAGUUCAAAUACAAAAAACUGAGAAAGAUGUCCUGUUUGCAGAUGGUUGGGGUAACUUUGUGACUGAUCAUGGUAUUAAGUAUGGUUGUUUCUUGGUCUUUAGCUAUGUUGGAGACUCCUCUUUUGAGGUAUCGGUUUUUGAUGCUACUGGAUGCGAGGUAGAAGGUUCACACUUCACAAGGAAUACAAACAUGUCCUUGAACACUACUUGUAGAAGCCUCUUACACGUGGAGAACGAUGAAUCUAAAGGUGACAGAACAUUACAAGCUGAUAUUGAUGACUCUGUAGAAGUAAUUGCAGUGGAAGAUGAGGAACAUGAUUCAGAUUCUUCAUCUCAAGAAAACAAUUUCAGAGGUAGUAAGAGUUCAAAAUGUAAAGAUGCAGAUAACAGGACUGAGAUAGUACAUGAAGAAGAAGAUCUGGAAUCAUUAUCUGAUUCAUCUCAUAAUGUGAAGCGCUUUCAUAAUCUUAGUCUGAAUGUGAGAAAUAGAGCAUGCCAAGUGAGACAACCUCAAAAGUAUUACAAAUCAAACAGGCGGAAGGUUACAGAGCAAGAGAAGCAAGGUGCACUUAGCAAGGCCAUUAGUCAUAUGAGUAAGAGGCGUCAUAUGAUUGAAAUUGUGAUGAAGUGUACACAUGUUUAUCGCGGCUUUCAUCUGACCAUCCCUAAAGAAUGGGCUGUAAAACACUUGCUUCAGAAGUCUGAUCAUGAUGUUAUACUCCGGGUUCCAGGAGUAGAGGAGAGCUGGACGGUGGGAUGCAGAUGGACACCUUCGCAAUGUCAGUUCAGACCAGGGUGGUCGACUUUUGUUUUUGAGAACAAUCUUGAGGAGCAUGAUGUUUGUGUAUUUGAGCUGCUUCAGAAAGGAGAUUUGAGUAACAAGAAAUAUUCUGUCUUUGAUGUUCACAUUUUCCGGGUUGUUAAAGAAGUAGUUCCCUUGACUGUGUUGAGAGGCAUUAAAUAUAGCGUCUAAUGUAAUUGUAAGUUCUGACUAUCUAACAUGAGUUUAUUUUCUAAGAUAAAGUACUGAAAUCUAGAGCAUACAACAUGUAGACUUGCAACUUAUUUUCAGCUCUGAUAAAAUGCAGACUUCUGUAGUUUUGUUACCUUUUGCAUUACUAUGUAUGCAAUAUUGCAUUCUUCU